CGGGGGUCCCCCGAGUCUUUGCAGCCUGCUUGGGUGCGGGGCAGAGCGGAGCGGGAGUUGGCUGGGGUGCUGUGGGAAGCUCUCAGUGGGGGUCCGGAGGAUCCUCUUUUAGGGCUAAUUCUUCUUUCUAAAUACAACAUGUUUAUCAGUGAUCUGGAAGAAAACGCAAAUUAAUGGAGGAAGAGCUGGAGAAGAUGCAACGGCGUAGAGGAUGAUAAAUAAUGAAGAGGACAGGUCCUUGGUACAGAGUGACCUUGAUUGCUUAGCUGGAGGGCUGUGUUUUGCAAGCGCUAGUCGCUGCACUGAAGCAAGAUGAAAUGCUUUGCAUCUAAAAAAAAAAUAUUAAAAUUGAGCCAAGAGGACGGGGAGUUCUUGCUAGGGAGUUUAGCUUUGAAAAAAUACAAACACGUUGUGGAUUUUAUUCUUGUUUUGAACAUUUUGUGUGAUUCGGAGUCAGCCCUCACUUUUCCGCUGCCCUGGCCCCCAGAAGAGAUGUCGAGCAGCUUCCAUCGAAGGAGAGAUGAAGUAGGUUUGGCCUUUUAAUCUGGAAAAGCAGACCAAGGAGGGCAUGAGCAAGGUGCAUAAAUCAUUAAUGGUCUGUGGGUAGAGAUUUAUCAUUCACCUCCUCUGCCCUGCCUGAGAGCCAGGAGGUGGUGGCCGGCGCUGGUCUGCGGAGGCUUGGGAUGAGCAGGGAGCUGGUUCUCUGCGUCUGGUUAAGCCGUGAGAAUUUGUGCUGGAAGUUGUUGGGGUUGGGAGGUGGCAGUGCGAUUUUAUGGCAAAAAAAGCCAUUUAUUAUGGACUGAAACCCUCCGGCUUGGGACGCGCGUGAGCUGCGUGCGGUGGGGGCUGCUCCCCUGUGUUUCUUGAGACUUUUCUCCUGGGAUCCAUUGUCGGCUGCUCCCUGAUGCGACGGUGGCCUUGGUGGAGGUUUGGCUGGGCUCAGCCAUUGCUGCGUCCCCGUGAAGCUCUCUGUCCCGCUGUCAGGCUGCUCUUCAGGGAGGGCGCUGAUAAACUAGAGCCGAUUUAAAGAAGGGUUUUCAAUCGGAAAUGUUGCGCUGCAGCGUGGGGUGGAUUCUGCACUGCUGAAAAUUCAUGAUCCAGCCAGGACGCCUUCCUAAAAACCUGCUGCGUUUCAAGUGCAGCCUUUGCACACGAGGGAGGACUUUGAAAGGAAACAUCCUAGCAGUUAUUUACACAGGAACUCGGAGUGGUUAAUAAUAAUGGCUUUUGUUUUGGAUUUACACCUGGUGAAGAGCUGACCUCCAGAUGUUUUUCCUGCCAUGUCCUCGAGCCCAGCUGCAGGAGAACUGAAGUGCAGCAGAGCUUCAUGUGUCUACUGAUGUUGAUGAAACAGUGGGAGAUGCUGGUACAGAUGCUUCUGCGUUUGAGAAGAUUAAUUAGUGCUUGUCGUCGUGCUGCAGAUGAGCACGCUGAACGUUUUUACACACGUCGUUCUCGUCGUCAGGAAAGGCAGCUUUGUCCUGCAGAGGAGCGGGCGCCGCAGAUUCCAGCCCACAUGUGCAAACACUCGAGCUGCGCUGGGCUGGGGGCCUGUUCCUCCCCGUUCCUGGAGAGAUGCCCUUGAAUGUCAGAGUCGCGGUGACUACAAUCGCUCCGCAGAGAGCGGCACCCACUCCUUUGGGCACCACAAAAUCCCUUUUUACCUCCCGCCCCGAGCCUUGGUGCGGCUGAAAUGCUGCGUGCGCUGGGCUGUGAUGGUGACCUCCCAUCUCGUCGGUGCUCGGAGCUUAAUGAACGGCAGCGGCAAAAUGCUGUAAUGAAAACAAGUGUUUGGAGGAAGGGGGGUUGAUGCCUUCAUCUCAGACGCGUGGAGAGCGGUGGCCUGAACCGGCCCUUUCCGUGGAGCUUGGCAGACGCGCCUUUCUGGGGACGUGUGCCGCCCGCCCUGAUAAUUGCUGUAGUGAGAGUGACGGACGGCCUCAGCGUAGCUGUGAGCUCAGAGUGCUGUUUAUGUCUGUCUUACAAACAAGAUGUGUCGGUCGGCAAUGCCUGCUGGCUCGGCUUGGCCCUGGCCUUCCUGUGCGACACAUUGUCCCGAUGGGAACGACAGCCAAGGAGGAGAUGGCCCGCUUCUGGGAGAAGAAUACCAAGUCCAACCGUCCCUUGUCCCCUCACGUCACCAUUUACAAGUGGUCCCUGCCCAUGGCGAUGUCCAUCACGCACCGGGGCACUGGUGUUGCGUUGAGCUUAGGAGUCUCCCUCUUCAGCCUGGCUGCCCUGCUGCUCCCCGAGCAGUUUCCCCACUACCUGGCCAUGGUGAAGUCGCUCAGCCUGGGGCCCGCUCUCAUCUACUCUGCUAAGUUCGCUCUGGCUUUCCCCCUCUCCUACCACACCUGGAACGGAGUCCGGCACCUUGCAUGGGACAUGGGGAAGGGGUUCAAGAUCCCCCAGGUCAACCAGUCUGGGGUGCUGGUCCUGAUCUUGACCCUGCUCUCCUCCGCGGGCCUCGCGGCGAUGUGAAGGUACCUCCUGAUUGAUGGCCUCCCUUUUUUUGGAAGAUUUGCUCCGUCCUGGCCCACCUCAAGAUGCGCGUGGAGAGGGAGGUGGGAGGACAGGCUCCCGAGUAACUACAAAUCUUUGGGGAGGGUGGCACUUCCCCCCCCUUGCAAAUCUUGUGGAUGAUCAGAGUUGCUUUUCCUUAGCCCGGCUGAUGUGCUAGCCCUCUCUUAGCGCUGGGGGGACAGGCCAGGCUCUCUACUGCUGUGCCACAUGCCCGAGCAGCCGCGGAAAGCUGGGCACAAGUUAACAGCCGAUCCUGGCACGUUCAGUCGCUCACAGAGAGCUGCCUAGCUUCUUCCAGGCAAACUCCAGGGUGUUUCUUUCCUCUGCUCUGUCCCCAGGCUUGAGACAAUGCUGAAUCUGUGUCCCCGCAGGUCCGAGUGGGCUCGGGGACAGCUGGUAGUGCGUGUGUAGGCCCAGCGCAGGACAAGCGUCUCCAUUGAGACAGCCCAUGCCAGGGCAGGGAGAGCAGGCGGAGCUGCCAACGCUGGCACCCGUGAGGGGAAUGGGCCAUAGGUGCCGUCCAGGUGCCGCGCCGGCCGUGGGACCCCGCGCUUUCUGAGCCUGGCAGCGUGAGCUGGCUGGGAUGGGGUGCUCAGACCUGCAGAGGUUCAGUCCACGCUCCGUACCCUUGAAACCUCGUGAUUCAGCCAGCUAUGGGGCCU